GUCCAAGCCAAACAUCCUCGUGACCGGCACACCUGGCGUCGGUAAAACAACGUUUUGCGAGGCUUUGGCUGGUUCGACGCUGUUGCAGCACCUAGAGGUCAGUAAGAUGGUGCGCGAGAAAAGGUUGUACAAGGAAUGGGAUGACGAGUUGGACUGCAGCAUUUUCGAUGAGGAAAUGGUCUACGACGCCUUGGAACCCCUGCUGGAGGGAGGCGGCUGUGUGAUAGACUUCCACUCCUCUGCAUUCUUAGAUGAUGGCCUGCUGGACCUCGUUGUCGUGCUCCGUGCUGAUACCAGCACAUUGUACGACCGUCUCGAAAGAAGACACUAUCCUGAAAGCAAAGUGAAGCAGAACGUCGAGGCGGAGAUCUUCCAGACCUGUUUGGACGAAGCUCGUGAGGCUUUCGAAGAGACAGAGCUGGCGAUUUGGGAGCUGCCCCACGACACGGAGGAGCACAUGCAGGAGGCCUUGGAGCGGGUGCAGGAGUUUGUACAAAGCUACACGCCGGGGUGA